AUGGACUUUGAUCAGAGCCGCCCUGGGGUCGCAAACCUCCGGGACGGGCCUAGGCCUGCUGAUGAGGAGGAUGACGAUGAUGUAUCAGACGCUGACUCAGACGAGAUGGAGCUUCGCGGGGACAUUGCAAAGUUUGAUCAGUCGGUUCGGGAGUUUCUUUCGUCACACCAAGGAGGUAGCAUUAUCGACGACAUCGAGGACAACGGAUUUAGGACGGCACCGCUGGCCGGCAAAUCAAAACCUACUCCACGCGGCAACAUUCGUGGCCCUCGCCAGGCUGCUGAACCACGAGGCGACAUAAAACUCCGUCUCGCCGGCGUCAACCAAGCCUUCAUGACCGGGGACUACGACAAGGCAAGAAACCUCGUAUUCGAGAUCAUCAGAAUCAAUGCCGAGACUCAUCAAGCAUGGACUGUUCUGGCUUCCAUAUUCCGCGAAGAGGGCCUCAGCGACAAAGCCCUGAUGGCCAUGGUCAUUGCUGCUCAUUUGCGCCCGAAAGAUGGUCCCGGCUGGAUGAGCUGUGCCUCGUUCGCCAUGAGCCUGGCUGAGAAAGGGCAAGAAGGGGCUCUCAAGACUGCGCUAAUGUGCUACUCCUCCGCCGUCAAAGCCCAGCCCACGAAUCUCGACGCCAGACUUGGGAGGGCUGAGGCCAGUCACCGCCAGGGUUUCCUAUCGCAAGCAAUUAGUGAGUUCUCGUACGUGCUGGAGCGCCGUCCUUUGGACAUUGACGUCGUGAGGAGGCUGGCGGAGGCAUGCGCCGACUCGGGUGGCGCUGAGGAAGUACAAAGAGCCGUAGCUGCCUACCAACAAUAUUUCGCCCACGCCCGCACGGCAGACCAAGAUGCGGAGAAGGAGUUGUCUUGGCACGAUGUCGGCAUAUUCGUGGAGUUGUUCGCCUGCGCUGGCGACUACGCGAACGCCAUAUCGCAACUCAAGUCGCUGUCCCGAUGGAUGCUCGGACGGCAAAGCGACGAAGUUUGGGACGAAUGUGCCGAUGACAGGGAAUGGGACAAGGAAGACACACGUCGUCUCCAAGUGCCCUCUUUCGGCCGUUCUCCCUACGGGGCACGCACGUAUGGUCUGGGCCUGCCCUUGGAGUUCAGGGCCCGCCUCGCCCUGUAUCGCUUGAAGAUUCGGGAUGAAGAAGAAUCCAACUUGCACUUGCAAUGGCUAGAUCCAACGGAGUCCGCGACGGCUACCGCCGUCGAGGACUUUCCCUACCUCAUCCGCGAUAUCGCCGACGAACUCUUUUCUGUUGAUCGUAUUCCCGAGGCCUUGGACUAUUAUGAACUUCUCCGGCAUUCAGUCUACGGUCAAGAUGCCACAUUGCUAUUGCAGCUCGGUCGCUGCUACUUGUAUAGGUCCGACUUGGCUGCUGCAGAAGACUGCUUCCUCAUGGCCAUUCAUGUAGACGAAGAAAGCUUUCACGCACGCGUUGAGCUAGCCAGGGUCUACGAAAAGUCCAGAGAGGAGGAGGAGGCUCUGAUUCUUGUUAACGAGGCCAUGGCCCUUCGGGGUAUCGAUGACGAAGAAGAUCGGCUUGCAGGGGGCAGUAGAGAUGCGAACCGACGAAGCCGAGGUUCUACUUUGGCCGAUGGCACGAAACCCCGGCGGAAACGGGAUACUCAAAGUAAACCGGCCAGCGGUCUUGUCCGACCCAGAUAUCGCACCAGGAAGCUGGUUGCCCCAGAUCAGCGUCUACAGGAGGAGCGUGCCCGGGCUGAUGAGCUCACGAGGCGUUACGGGAUUGCGCGCAAUCUGAAGAAGGAUAUCCAGGCUGGCAAUCACUCACUGAUACCGACCUGGAUGGCUGCUGCUGAAGAGCUGGUCAACGAAUUCAGAUCGUUCAGGAAGUUUUACCCUUGGGACAAGUAUCUCAAAUAUCUUGGGGCCGCCAACGACGUCGUGUUCAGCGCGUCGUCCAGAAUGCAGCCAGGUCUCUCAGAGUUGGCCGAAAGACUCUCAAAAAACAUUGCCCCAUCUCUCGCGGACGAUAAGAGAAACAGCCUCGCUUACGAAGAUGAUGGCUAUCGUGGAAUACCCUUUGGCGAGUGGCUAGAACUGUUCCUCGACUAUGCCAUCAGCUUGGCACUUGCCAACCGCGGGGAAGAAGCGUACCAGGUUUGCGAGGCUGCCAGAGAUUCCAUCGUCUUCGUCAAUUCGAAGGACUACAUGUUCCUGAUCCAUGUGGCAUGGGCCGCGUGUGCGAUUUAUCUGGCUGACGAGGAGAUGUGCGUGGCGGUCGCAAGAUUCUUCAUGAAAGUACGCCAGCUGGAUUCGGAUUCAUACCACUACUUCCUCCGAGCACGAACGCUGGACCCUUCAAAUCCCAUGAUCAGCCUCAGCGUGGGUCUCGGAUACAUCCAUCACGCACUAAAGCGCCAAGCAGAUAACCGACAAUAUCUGAUUAUGCAGGGGUUCGCUUGUGUAUUCGAGUUCUGUCAUUCCAAGCUCGCCGGGACACCGGACGAGAGACGGGAGGCAUUUUUUGGUGUGGCGAGAACAUUUCACAUGCUCGGACUCCACCACCUUGCUCUAGAGUGGUACCGAAAGGUGAUGGGUCCAGAAGACUUGCAGAUUGAUGAACGGCAGGACGAGGCGGCGAGCCGAGAUGUAAUUUUGAGCGCUGCCUACAACGAGUAUGCGCUGUUCAUAAGCAGUGGAAGCGUCGACGAGCUGGAACAGGCUGUGCUUCCUCGGCUGGUGCUCUAG